GGGCCAAGACGACUCGUGUAGGCUUUUUUUUUAAACCUAAAAAUAACGACAGCCCCCUAAAACGCGUACAUGGUAGACUGCACGUAGCUUCCAGGCCCAUGCUUUUCCUAAAUCCUGCCUCAAACCAGCUGAUAGCCAACGGUACACCGAAACAUCACAGAUAGGAGGAUCCACCCGAAUAUCCUCACCGUUAACUUCUUCACCAGAGGAGCUGGCCGCGGAGAAGUUACUGCAGCUACUGGACGCUCUGGGCGAGAAUGGAGCCAACGCUAACAUGUCGGUGUAUAUUGCUGCUGAGCUGCAUGCAGCUGCUAUCAGCUCACAAUGACUUCUUCACCUCUAUAGGCCAGAUGACGGAUCUGUUGUACACCGAAAAGGACCUUGUCACGUCAUUGAAGGAUUACAUCAGAGCAGAGGAGAGCAAACUGGAGCGGGUCAAAUGGUGGGCUGAUAAGUUGGAUUCCUUGUCAGCAGUAGCCACACAGGACCCUGAAGGUUUCCUGGGCCACCCUGUUAACGCCUUCAAACUGAUGAAGAGGCUGAACACAGAGUGGGCAGACUUGGAGAGUCUUGUACUUAGUGACACAACUGAUGGAUUUAUUUCCAACCUGACCAUCCAGAGGCAGCAUUUCCCUACAGAGGAGGAUCAAACUGGGGCUGCUAAAGCUCUCCUUAGAUUACAAGACACUUACAAACUGGAUGCCAACACCAUCUCUACGGGAAACCUGCCAGGAGUGAAACACAAGAGCCAGAUGACGGUGGAGGACUGUUACGAGCUGGGUAAAAUUGCCUACUCGGAUGUGGAUUAUUAUCACACUGAGCUGUGGAUGGCCCAAGCCCUGAAACAGCUCGAUGAGGGGGAGGAGUCCACCAUAGAUAAGGUGACAGUGCUGGACUACCUGAGUUAUGCCAUCUACCAGCAAGGGGAGAUGGAGCGCGCUCUGGAGUACACCAAGAGGCUGCUGGAACUGGACCCAGAGCAUCAGCGUGCCAAAGGCAACGUGAAGUACUUUGAAUUCCAACUGGAGAAGCAGAGAAAAGCAGAAGAAGAAGAAAGUAAAAAACAACCAGAAAGACCGAAAAGGGAAACGCCAGAGAAGAGGAAAAAAAAGACUAAAAAGUCUUUUUCUUUGGUCCCGGAGAAGAAGAAGUAUGAAAUGCUUUGCCGUGGGGAGGGUAUCAAAUUGACACCAGCCAGACAGAGCAGGCUGUUCUGUCGUUACUAUGACAACAAUCGCAACCCCAUGUAUGUGCUGGCACCUGUGAAACUGCAAGAUGAGUGGGAUCGCCCUCAUAUUGUUCGCUACCUGGACAUCAUCUCAGACGUGGAAAUUGAGAAGAUAAAACAGCUGGCCAAACCCAGACUACGCAGGGCAACCAUCUCCAACCCCAUCACUGGAGUUCUGGAAACAGCUUCGUACAGGAUCAGCAAAAGGAGAGCCACGGUGCAUGACCCCCAAACAGGGAAACUUACCACAGCCCAGUACAGAGUCUCCAAGAGCGCUUGGCUCACGGCUUAUGAAGAUCCAAUGAUUGAAAAGAUCAACCAGAGGAUUGAGGAUCUCACAGGUCUGGAAAUGGACACAGCCGAGGAGCUGCAGGUGGCGAAUUAUGGUGUUGGAGGACAGUACGAGCCCCACUUUGACUUUGGAAGGAAAGACGAGCCGGAUGCCUUUAAAGAACUGGGCACCGGGAAUCGCAUAGCAACCUGGCUCUUCUAUAUGAGUGAUGUGACUGCAGGUGGAGCCACAGUUUUCCCAGAUGUAGGGGCAGCAGUUUGGCCUCAGAAGGGCUCGGCUGUGUUCUGGUACAAUCUGUUUGCCAGCGGGGAAGGAGACUAUAGCACGCGGCAUGCAGCCUGUCCUGUGCUGGUGGGCAACAAGUGGGUUUCAAACAAGUGGAUCCACGAACGAGGCCAGGAGUGGCGGCGACCCUGUGGUCUGAAUGAAACAGAAUGACUUUUUUUAAAGCCCCCAAAACAACACAACCUUCCUAAUGAAAUCUCUUUCUCACACUUUUUUAUUUCUUGAUCAUUGAGGAUCAAAAGAACGCUGCUGCAGAUCACAGAUGACAACCCCCAUGUCUUUCUGCAAACACUCCUUUUUCUCCCCCCACCUGCUAGAUUUGGAUCCCAGGGAUUGUUUUGGCUAACACCGGGCUCCUGGCCAGCAUCACCAUGAUGGAUAACGUGUUCUUAAAGUUGUCGAAUGGUUUCGAGAAACAAUUGAGCUGCGUUCACUUCCACGAGUUUUACUUUGCACGCUGAAUGAACCUCCAGCUUCAGUUGUGAUUGCAGGGACCACCCCCUUUAAGAUAUACCAUAAGGGGAUAUUUUACAUUUUUAAAGAGGUAUGCCUGAUUAAGUAUCAUUUCAUGCAAAAGAAGAUCAAUUUUCCCUUUUAUUUUUUAAAGAAAAUGAAAUAAACAGUGAAAACUCACCACAGGGCAUAUUUAAUGCUCUUCAGCAGCUAUUUUGUUAAUUAUUUGUCUUCCAAACUGAUUGUCCGCUGGAUUUUCUUUAUUUCACAUAUGUAGGUGGAUUUUGCCUUCCCCCAUUUAGAAUUAAAACCCAGAGAUGGUGCCUUGUGGCAGUAAGGGGGGGGUCACACUCCAAAGAGCUGGAAAAUCCGACCACACACUGAGGGCUGGUUGUGUUUUGAAUGACAAGAAUCCUUAAGUUACACAACAGGCGGUGAAUAUUAAAGCCUAUGCAGCACCAUUUCCACACACUGUAUUGUGUUGAUUUCAUUUUUCAGUCUGUGUUCAAACUUUAUCCUUUUUUUAAAAAAAAAACGGUGUCAAAGUUUGCUUGGCAUUUAUUUAUGUGUCCCAAGAAAGUUGAUGUGGCGUUAUUGUUGUUAUACUCAAUAAACAUUACUGGAUGUUUGACA